ACUAAAGUUGAAAUUGUAUGAAAAAUGUUCUGGCCAGAUGAGAAAUCUUUCCGAAAAAUGGGUUUGGCGGUGAUCCUGUCAUGCCUGGCUCUGUACGCAUACGUGUGCACGGACAUGGACAUUGGACCCAAAAUCGAAAAUGCGUACUUUGUGAACAACGCGGGCUGCAAAAUGAUUGCCAUGGAUGUGAUGAACCCAGAGAUUGAGAGCUACGUCGCAAAGUCUUCGACCAGGUAUGGAUGCAGGCAAGCUAAAUGGUUUACAAAGAAUGUUUUCAAUGGAAGCUGGCACCUGGAGCUGAUACGCGGCAUCGAUCAGAUCCUUAUUGACAAUAAUCUUGACAAUGAGAAAGACAUUAAAUGCUAUUUUGAUCGAUAUACAUGCAUAAGUGACUGGAACAUAACCCGCUACAAAAGAUUUAAAUCGCACUUGGUGCCUCCAUAUCGCUGGAACGUGCGAAAUGCUGUGUACCUGCGUGUUUCGUGCCACCAUUUCCAGAAAUUACUACAUGAAGAUGUGCAUUUUUUCAUCCAGCCUCCGCCGGAGAAAUUAUUGGAACACUCAAGAAUCCUGGAGAAAUGGCACAAAGCAAAUGAAACUGAGUUGGACGAACCUCUGAUUUCUGUCAUGAUCCUUGGUUUGGAUAGUGUUUCCCAUCUGAACUUUCUGCGCCAAAUGCCACGUACUGCUUACUAUUUACGCAACGUCAUGUCCCAUGUGGAAUUUUGGGGCUACAACAAGGUCGGAUUGAAUACCUUUCCGAAUCUGAUUGCCAUGUUGACUGGGGAGAGUGCAAAAGAGAAUGAAAAGUAUUGGAAGAAGAUUCGGCGCAUGGACGAUUGCCCUGUGAUUUGGAAGGACUUUAAGCAGGCUGGCUAUAAUACAACAUUGGGUGAAGAUUAUCCUGGUGCAAGUCUUUUCAAUUAUUUGAAGCCCGGCUUUGGCUCAAAGCCCACGGACUACUAUCUACGUCCGGCCCAGAAACUCAUGAAUAGAAUGGGUGGCACCCGUAGUGACACAACAUGCUCCGGUGGACGCUUACUUACGGAUAUAUUGCUGGAAAUGGUGGAUAACAUUCUUCCCCAUAUGCAAAGGUAUCCAUUCUUCUCUUUGUACUGGUGGUCCCAGGGCAUUCAUGAGUACUUCAACUUUGCUUCGACGAUCGAUCAGCGUUUUGUGGGACUACUGAGGCAUUUGGAGGAUACGGGUAUCACCAACAAUACCUUCAUAUUCUUCAUGUCCGACCAUGGUUCGCGAUGGGGAUCAUUUCGUAGAACCUUUCAGGGUAUGCUGGAGGACAAUCAACCCAUGCUGUUCACGCUCUACCCCAAGUGGAUGAAGGAACGCUAUCCACUGGCCAUUAAGAAUCUAGAGAGCAACAGCCACAGUCUGAUUACGACAUACGAUAUGUACGAGACCAUGAAGGAUCUUCUCCAUCUGGAUUCAUUGCGGGAUAAUCGUUUGAAGCAGAAGUCAAGUCUCCUAUGGAAGCUACGCGGGUCUGAGACACCUCGUGGCGUCAGCCUCUUCCUGCCAGUUCCUUCGUGGCGCACUUGCAACACUUCCAACGUUCCCGUUGCGUUUUGUCUGUGCCAAAAACUGACUCCCCUUCAAUUGGAUGAUCCUACGGUCGCACUUGUGGCACGCGCAGCUCUACUAUCGAUCAAUCAGCUUCUGGAACCCUUUCCCAUGUGUCUUCAGCUGGAGCUCAAGGCUGUGGUCAGCGCGUUCUCUUCGGUGCCGCAUGUGACCCACAGACAUGACAAGAGAGACUUCACCGUGCGCUUUCAAACGAUUCCAGGCGAUGCUUACUUUGAGGCCACAUCAAGACUGACGGAUGGGGUCUUGCACCAGGCAGGAGAGAUCAUUCGUAUUAUGCAGCGUAACAACAACAGCAACUGUAUUAGCGAGCUUCAGUUGGAACCCUUUUGCUAUUGUGCAGUGUAGCAUCGAGAACAAAUUGAAUAUUUAAAGAGAAUAAAGGUUAAAAAUGCGUA